ACAAUGGUUUCACGCCGUCCAAACAAACCUUUCUAUUCAUCUGCCACCCCACGCGCAAUCAAUACCCUUUUUCAUUUUUCAUUUCUUUUUUAAUCUCUAUAGUUUAUAUAUAUAUAUAUGUAUCCUCUUUUUAUUCUUGCAUUCAAAUAAUCUUCUAUAAUCUCUCUUCUAUUCUUCUAUUUUCACAUCAAGACUUCACAAACCACCUACAAGAUUUCUAUAAUAAGAAGUUAGGCCAUCAAUGGAGAUUUUGGAGUCAUGUGUGCCACCAGGCUUUAGGUUUCAUCCAACUGAGGAAGAACUUGUUGGUUAUUAUCUCAAAAGGAAGAUCAACUCACAGAAGAUUGACUUAGAUGUCAUUGUUGAUAUUGAUCUUUACAAAAUGGAGCCAUGGGAUAUCCAAGCUAAUUGUAAAUUUGGUUACGAGGAGCAAAAGGAAUGGUACUUCUUUAGUCAUAAGGACCGAAAAUACCCGACAGGAAGUCGAACGAACCGAGCUACAAGUGCUGGAUUUUGGAAGGCCACAGGGAGAGAUAAGGCAGUUUUGUCAAAGAAUAGAGUGAUUGGAAUGAGAAAGACAUUGGUGUUUUAUAAAGGUAGAGCUCCAAAUGGAAGAAAAACUGAUUGGAUUAUGCAUGAAUAUCGUCUCCAAAACUCUGAACUUGCACCUGUUCAGGAAGAAGGUUGGGUGGUCUGUAGGGCAUUCAAAAAACCAAACCCUAAUCAAAACCAAGUCAUUGGAGCUUGGAAUAGCCAUCAACAUCAAGCCUUACAUUAUGAUCUCAGAAACAACAACAGUAAUAAUAGUCAAUUUGUUAGGUCCCCUUCAUUUUCAGAUGCCAUGACCCCUCACACUCAAAUGGUCAACUCCUCUGACCAACAACUCUCAAAUUUGCACCACUCCUAUGCCUUUGAUCUUCACCACCACCAACUACAACAACAACAAGAUUAUCGAUUCAUCCAACUCCCGAAUCUCGAGAGCCCAACGCUCUCGACAAGCUUUGGGACUAACGAAACGAAGAUAAAUAAUAAUCAUGACGGUCCGUACCUCGAAUGGAAUGUUGAUUUUGACGAUUUACUCUCUUCGUCGCAGAUUGUCGAAACGUCGUCUUCUUCUUACCCUAAUUUGGCUCAAACUUUUGUUGACUUUUGUAAUGAUGUAUGAAAGCAAAAAUGCUGAAAAUUAUUUAAAAACAUGAUUUUAGAGUGUUUU